UAUCCGUAAAACGAACGAUUUAGCGGUCGUAGGAAACGAUUCAACGAUCGAACAGUAGUUUGAAGAGCGUGGUUCCCGAGCUAGUUGAUUUAUUCAUAAGUUCUUCCUUGUAUCAGCAGCUAGUUAUCGUAAUAGUCGAGGUAACAAGAUUCGAAUGCAUCGAGGGGUGCACAAGGAUCAUUAUCGAAUAAAUUAUUCGACGGUCGGCCGAUUCAAGAUCAGUGCACCUACGGUAAACGGUUAAUUGUCCAUUAUUACUGGACAAUCGAUCGAUUAUCUUUCUAUGUGGAAUAGAAAAAUACGGGUACUGUACCGAUUGUUACUUUAACGACAGUUAGAGUAACAACCUAACUGUCUUCGUAAAUCGUCGUAGAUGACUACGUAAAGAUUCUGGUAAAACUGGUCGUACCGUAAUUUGUACUAUGUCGGAAGAAUUACGAAUAUACCGAGCGUAUGUUAGUUUCGUUAAGAAUUAUCUUCUGUUCGGUGGUAUGUGCCCAAGUGCUCUGAACCGGUAUGUCGCAUAUCAGUUUGUAUCAGUUUGGGCGGUAUUGUCUAACUUUCUUUUGUGCUUAACAAUGGCAUACAGUUGUUCGACGACUAUUACGAACAUAAGCAAGCUAACGUCGUCUCUCGGUCAUCUUGCCACCACAAUUAGCAUAACUAUGAAGGUUUGUUUCUGUAGUGAAAGAUUUGUUUCGUGUAUCGUAUAAAACUUAAUGUCCAGUUUGAAAAGGAUACGAGAACGUUCUCGCGUUGGUUACGUCGUGUCAUGAUUUUGUGAAUUUUCUCAGGGUUUGUGUUUUUUCGUUCAUAAAAAGAAAUUGUGGGUUUUAAACGAUAUACUUGAUUCCUCGAUGGAAGAAAUAUCGAAAGAGCCACGACUCAAAUCAAUCGCUUUCCCGUUAGUUGGUGCAUUUUAUCGAACAAUACUUGUUGAAGCUGUUUUAAUGGCAGGAAUAACGUUGCUUUAUGCAACGAGGUCAUUGUUAAACAGACUUCUUCGUGAUCCUACCAAUACAACGGAAGAAAAUUAUCCGCUACCGUUUCCUGAGCGUUUCCCUUGGUCACUGGAGUCGCCACCCAUUUGGUAUUUGCAUUACGCCUUCGAAUUUAACGUUUGUUACUACAUCAUUUUCGUAUCUAGCGGGGUAGACGCAUUUUAUGGAUUUACAAUGUUUCGUAUGUCGUCGGUACUGCGCAGAUUGACCUUGCAGUUUGAAAUAUUGUCGGCACGGAAAGACGACGAGAUUCGCCGAAAAGAGUUUGGCGAAUGCAUUGAAAUGCAUGUUGCAUUGUUCAAAUGUAGGGACAUAAUUCAAGAAGUUUAUGGACCUGUUGUUCUAAUAGUAGCAACCACGAACGCCUUAUGCAUGUGUAGUCUGAUAUUUCAGAUUGUUCAGGUUAACACUGAAAUAAGUAAUGCUCAGAUGGCAAUAUACACAACAUACUUUGUAAUGAAGUUCACACAAACCUUGAUGUAUGCUUGGCCGGGUUCCGUAAUCAUUUCCGAAAGCGAGCUGUUUCGCGAUAAGAUUUAUUGUAGCUACUGGUACAAGAACGGGGAUGCCAAUUUGAUAAAGCAGUUUUCUUUAAUAUUGACGCAGAGAACGAUCGUGGUGAAAGCAUGCCGUAUAUUGCUGGUGUCGUUGGAUCUUUUCGUGAAGGUGUUAAAUACAGCGAUAUCCUAUUAUUUUCUCUUGAAAACCAUUGACGGCGGUAAAUAAACGGAAGACAAUGUAACCUUUUCG